UCUAAUCAGGGAAGGUGAUGCUGCUCUCUGGCUCUGCGUUGAGGUCCCCUCGGUUUUCAGGGACCCUGGUAACGCAUCCACUGGCAGCCCGAGGAACACUCGUGAGCAGGUGAGCCGCCUCGUCAGUGCUCCCCGUUCCCUCUUCCUGUCUCUCUCAGGCGGGUGUCGACCGCCGUCGGGGCUUUCCCCGCGAAGCGAUAAACAUGCCGGUCCGUACUGAGUGCUGCAGCAACGCCUCUAUGGCCUUUAUAUCCUCGGCCUCGCUUAUCCCUCCACCACCGAUAAACACGCAACAGCCCGGCGUUGCCACCUCGCUCUUGUACAGCGGCUCCAAGUUUCGAGGACAUCAGAAGAGCAAAGGAAACUCGUACGACGUUGAAGUUGUUCUGCAGCAUGUCACCAUGGAAGACUCAUAUUUGUGUGGGUAUUUGAAGAUCAAAGGACUGACAGAGGAAUAUCCAACACUUACUACAUUUUUUGCUGGAGAGAUCAUCAGCAAGAAGCGCCCCUUUUUAACACGGAAAUGGGAUGCGGAUGAGGAUGUAGACCGCAAGCACUGGGGCAAGUUUCAAGCUUUUUAUCAGUAUGCAAAAACCUUCAACUCUGAUGAUUUUGAUUACGAGGAGCUGAAAAACAGUGACUAUGUCUUCAUGAGGUGGAAGGAGCAGUUCUUAGUCCCAGAUCACACAAUCAAGGACAUCAGUGGUGCUUCCUUCGCAGGCUUCUAUUACAUCUGCUUCCAGAAGUCCACAGCAACCAUAGAGGGCUAUUACUACCACAGAAGUUCUGAAUGGUACCAGUCCUUGAACCUCACCCAUGUCCCUGAACACAGCGCGCCGAUAUACGAGUUUCGGUGACAUCAGUACCCAGGCAUCACUGGCAGAGGAGGACUUAUGGCACUGUCAGGAAAACAGUACAAACAAGUGGAUUGGGAAGAUAAACUGUCAAGUCUUGCUAAGGAUAUGCCAGUCUUCUCUAAGUGGCCGUGGAGGGACGGGGAUGGACCGAGAGCUCAGGCAUCAACGAAUGAGCAAAUUUGCCAGCAGGAGGCAGUGUGGAGCUUACAUCCUCUGGAAUUUGCAACAGUGUUUUGUUUGUUCUUUAUUCUCUCAUUUUAAUAUCUGAUUUUAAGCUCCUUUUGUUUACCCGCACUUUUCUUUUGGCCUCAUUUUAAGAUGGGAUCUUCCAUUAAGACGUUUUUUUCCCCGAAAAUGAAAAGCCAACAGCAGGGGGCGUUUAUGCUUGUGUCUCUGACACAUUCAACUCCAGUUUAGAAAAGACCUGUAACAUUGACUUGUACACAUACGGACUUUGGAGUUUUUGUCUCUGUGAAUAAGAGUGAUGCCUAUUUGAGUUUAAUGGAGUGAUAGCUGGAGCAAAUGUCAUUCAGUUGCAGAGAAGCUUCAUGGACAAGAGCCCGGAUAAGGACUUUGUUGCUGAAAAGUAACGUUGUAAGUUACAUUUGCAAGAAAUCCACAAAAAUGAGUUUCUGCUGUGUGUGGUGUGGAGAUUUUCCCCAUUGAACCAUGAUGGGUUGGUGCUUUGGAGCUCUGUGGCCGUAACGGUCAUAACCGGAGCAAAUCUGUGGGGUGAAAGGAUGCAUAACGUCCUUAUAAAGGUCAUGUUUCAGUGUUCAUAGCUGGUCUUGCGUUUGAGGCAGGUGUUGUCAUGGAAACGUAGCUUUUGCUGAUUUUCUGGAAAGAGUCACCUAACACCAGUCUAUAUAGGCAAUUGCCACUAGACCCCUUCUGACAACCACUGAUGUCUUUCUUGCAUUACCGAUUUAUUAUUUUUGUCCUCAAUGCGCCACUCAUCUCAUUCAUUUCUGACUAUGCAACAUGAUC